AUGUCUCAUCCUCAACGUCAUUCGUUCAACACGACUCCGAACGCCGUCAACGCUCUCUACAACAAUAACUCUCUACUCAACUUCGUCGACGCUUCGAUCCUAAACAAAAUGGAGCUGCCAACAUUUGACGGAAAGCUGUUGGAUUUCCCCGAGUUCGCGUCACGAGUCGCCACUUUCGUUGGAAACAAAGCAGAAGAUUACAGGUUCGAAUCCUGCCGCGUCGUUGACAUUAUCAUGCAAGAGCGACAACGAUGA